AUGGGAUUUCUGUUGGCCCUGCGACGAAUAUUAUCCGUCCGUAAUCUGGCCCCAUUGUUGGUGGUGGUCUUGAUCUCAGCGGCUGAUCAGUAUGUGAACGACGAUUAUGUGGAUUUGCUGACGGAUGAGCCAGUUCAUGAUCGAGUCAAACGAGCGGCAACUAAGAACAAGCACAAGGAUGGUAAGGUGAUAUUGUAAUACUAGGGAGAGCUCGAUUUAAAGAAGAAAGAUAAGAAAUUUUUUUUUAUCGGAUAGUGACAUUUCGUUUUGAACGAAUCACCAAAAAGGCGCGGGAAAUUUUUUCUUCUAUUUUGGAUUGACGUGUACACGUGUGAUCGACUUAUCUUUUGAGAAGUUUGCUUACCACAGACUUAAAAAUUUUUAAGCCAAAAAUUGCAAUAUCUAGCGAUUUUUGUAAUUGCUCUGUCAAAUAAAUCCAAUUUCCAUUUCUAAACUAAUAUCUCUCCAGAAGACACCUACGACUACACGGACUCCCAAGGCAAGCUCAAGACCGCUGACUGGACUAACAUCAAGUUCUGUUUCUUCUGUAUCCUCGGCUUUGUCUUGAUGAUUAUCCAGCUGUGGACUUGUAUUUUCGGCCGAAGAAUGAGGAAUGAUGGAACCAGAUGGCACGUUCUUUAUGUCACCAUCUUCAUGAUCAUCAAUCUGGUAAGUUUUUAGCCACCACUAACCUUGAUGACACCUUUUUUCAGUUUGUUUUCGUCGAUGUGGAUGAGGACAGUCCUUGGCAAGAUUACAUGAGGAAUGUUUAUGUUACGGUACACCAAAAAGCGAUUCAAUGGGUUACUCUUUCGGCUUUCCCGGCUUGUAAGUGGCUUUAGAGUAUCAAUUUCAACUCGUACAAUAUUAAAUGCUACACAAUUAUGAAUGAAAUUUCAGCAAUUACGAUUAUGGUCCCAAUAUAUUUGAUUUCCUAUGGCGCUUCGAGUCUUCGCGGCACUUACUUCUUCAAAUGGUUUCUUUGGGUGAUCGUUUAUGGGGCUCUUUUUGGCGCCAAUGGUUUCCUCGCGCUCCUUUACGUAGGUUUACGCAAAGGAAAUCAUCAAGCGAUGCAGUGAAAGUGCAAACUUCGCAUCAAAUUUUGCGAAGAUAGGCUAUGCACCAAAUGACGAUAUUCUGAAAUAUUUAGCUCACGCUUCGGGUGCCGAAUUUGUAUCGAAUUUUUGGUCUAAAAAUCAGUGUAAAUCUGUAAAAAACCGAUAGCGAAGAGUCUAUUCCGGUCAACGGACUCCUCAGUUUGACGUGGCCCUCUCUUUGCAAAAUUCCUUUUCAAAUCUAUCCCAUUCAUCCAAAGGUUUCUUCAUUUCAGUACAAAGCCCUUGAUGGAGACGGUCAAGUUCCCACUGGCACUUAUCUCGAAGCCUACCAGUUCUACAUUUGUGUAGGCGGCUACAUAACCGUCAUCUACCUGCUGCUGUUUGCGCUUGCUUCUGCCGGCUACUUUAUUUGCUUCGCGCUGUUGAAUUGUAAAAGUUUGGAGGGCCGGUUGGGCGAGGUGAGUUGGAACGUGUGGUGGGGUGGCUGGAGAGUCUAUACGCCCGGUUUUGGGAUGCGUUUACUGGCCGCCAUCCUCGGUUACAUAGGCAACGUACGUGGCGUGCAGUGUGCUUAGGAGUUCGGUAGAAUUUUCUGGUAUUGUCUUGUGAAAUCGAGUUGAAUUUUAAAAUGUAUGACCACUGCGGUGCUUCUGUAAUCGUGGGCGUGUCUUUUUUGUUGAGACUUCUGAACAGGUGCGUGGAUUCUCGGUGCAGGUGAAAUUGCGAAUAGAACACGACCUACUGUAGGCUUAGGAAUGGCAGAGCAAAUGGUUAAUGAAGGUGUUAACGAAAUAUACAGACAGUAAUGGGGGCCAGAAACUUCCCUGUAUGGAGGCGAAAUUAUGACAUCAAAAAGGUCUUACUGUAAAAUGAAAUCACAGAAUUUUUUUUCAAAAGGCGUUUUAAGAACAAAAAUUCAGCUGUGAGAUUCUCGGGGCCAAUCCAACAACUUGGCUAUUGGGCGAUUGAAUAAGUAUGUAAUAGAUAACAUGUUGCCUGGACCAAAUGCCAGGAUCCGCUUGCAGUUCCUUUCCCUUUUUGUUCUUCUGUCCUCUCUUUUACCCAUCCUAAUCCCGUUUACAGAAAUUUUCCGACCUUAUCGAUCUAUUCAUGCUCUGGUUCAACAUAGUUAUUGUGACGACGUUCGUUGCCACUCAGAACUUGAUGAAUUCGUUCAAUUACAUCAUGCUCAAUGUUGUCCCCACCGUUACGGAAUACAUGAAAGAAAUGAAAUCGUCUUCCAGCAGCUCCGAUACGACUUCCGGAUCCUCUCUGGACAUGGCGUCCCUCCUGGAAUUGGCGGAUAAAUUAAAACCGGUGGUCUCCUUCCUCCAGACCACUCAAUUAUACAUCCCGGUCGCGUUUUAUUUCGCCAAUGUGAUCUGCCUUCCGGCCUUCCGCGAGUCCUUCAUCUCCCUGUUGACUUGUGGCGCCUGCUAUCGCAGUGACAAGGACGGCUCUUGCUGGACGCUGAUCCCCAACAGAUACCGUUCCAUCUAUCCGUUGGAGGCGCUUCGGUGGGCAAAUCCAUCUUUAAUCGCCCAAGGCAUAGUCCCUCCACCACCGGCCUCGAUGAAUAUUGGAAAUGGUGGGCCAUUGGCAUUUGUCAGCCAGAAUGACAAGAAGCAAUUGAUGGUUGAACAUCUGGAAUAA